GCCCUCCCGGGGGCGCGCGCGCUCGGGGCACGGGGCCUUCCGCUCUUGGCGGCGCGGCCUCGAUGACGUCACUGUCCGUGACUGGAGCUGGAGGACAGAGGAGCCCUUCCCGUUGCCGGCGCCAGCCUGGUCUCUUGGAAUUACUUCGCUCAAGAGCGAGCAGCGCCAUGAGCAACACUACCGUCGUCCCCAGCACUGCGGGCCCGGGCCCCAGCGGCGGGCCGGGUGGUGGCGGCGGCGGCGGCGGCGGCACCGAGGUAAUCCAGGUGACUAAUGUCUCCCCGAGCGCUAGCUCUGAGCAGAUGCGGACCCUCUUCGGUUUCCUAGGCAAGAUCGACGAACUGCGCCUCUUCCCGCCGGAUGAUUCACCUUUGCCGGUCUCAUCCCGUGUCUGCUUUGUUAAAUUCCAUGAUCCGGACUCAGCAGUUGUGGCACAGCAUCUGACAAACACUGUAUUCGUUGACAGAGCAUUGAUAGUCGUACCAUAUGCAGAAGGAGUUAUUCCUGAUGAGACUAAGGCUUUGUCUCUGUUGGCACCGGCUAAUGCAGUGGCAGGUCUUCUGCCUGGUGGUGGACUCCUGCCUACUCCUAACCCACUUACCCAGAUUGGCGCUGUUCCAUUGGCUGCUUUGGGAGCUCCUACUCUUGAUCCUGCCCUUGCUGCACUUGGGCUUCCUGGAGCAAACUUGAACUCUCAGUCUCUUGCUGCAGAUCAGUUGCUGAAGCUUAUGAGUACUGUUGAUCCCAAGUUGAAUCAUGUAGCUGCUGGUCUUGUUUCACCAAGUCUGAAAUCAGAUACCUCUAGUAAAGAAAUAGAGGAAGCCAUGAAGAGAGUACGAGAAGCACAGUCCCUAAUAUCUGCUGCCAUAGAACCAGAUAAAAAAGAAGAAAAACGAAGGCACUCAAGAUCAAGAUCACGCUCUAGGAGGAGGAGGACUCCUUCAUCUUCUAGACACAGGCGGUCAAGAAGCAGAUCUAGAAGGAGGUCACAUUCUAAGUCAAGGAGUAGGCGACGAUCCAAAAGUCCCAGACGGAGAAGAUCUCAUUCCAGAGAGAGAGGUAGAAGGUCAAGGAGCACAUCCAAAAACAGAGACAAAAAGAAAGAAGACAAAGAAAAGAAACGUUCCAAAACACCACCAAAAAGUUAUAGCACAGCCAGACGGUCCAGAAGUGCAAGCAGUUUGUACAUUUGUGGUCCUAGAGAGAGACGACGUCGACGAAGCAGGAGUGGCACAAGAUCUCCUAAAAAGCCCAGGUCUCCGAAAAGAAAAUUGUCUCGCUCACCGUCCCCUAGGAGGUUAAAAUUCUCAAGCGUAUCCUUUAAAGCAUCUUUUUUUUCUUUGAGAACAUUUUACUGUUAUCCUAGGCAUAAAAAGGAGAAGAAGAAAGAUAAAGACAAAGAAAGAGGCAGAGAUGAACGAGAACGAUCAACAAGCAAGAAGAAGAAAAGUAAAGAUAAAGAAAAGGAUCGGGAAAGAAAAUCUGAGAGUGAUAAAGAUGUAAAACAGGUUACACGGGAUUAUGAUGAAGAGGAACAGGGGUAUGACAGCGAGAAAGAGAAAAAAGAGGAGAAGAAACCAACAGAACCAGUUUCCCCCAAAACAAAAGAAUGUUCUGUGGAAAAGGGAACUGGUGAUCCCCUGAGAGAAUCCAAAGUGAAUGGUGAUGAUCAUCAUGAAGAAGACAUGGAUAUGAGUGACUGAAUAUGGCCUCCAUGAGAAUCCACCUGUAUACAUGCAUCAGUGUCAUUCCUUUGUGUGAUAUCUUCAUGCUGUAUUUGUUCAUCUCAAACCUUAGAUGUAUACAGCUCUGAGCUACAAAUGGUUAUAACGCUCCUGUAAUUGAUAUUAUUUACAUCCAAAAGUUUUUAGAAAAUGCUAUGUGGGUAACCAAUUCUUGAUGUGGUGAAAUCUGAUUGAGUAACCAAGCAGCUUGACUAUUCUGGUGCUGCUUCAUAGCAGAAGUGAAAAGCUGCAUGCAUCUACAGCAGGCAUGGAUUGUUUAUGUUGUAUAAUCUCCUUUAUUAAGUAAGUUCACUUAUAGUAUUUCUAGAAUUUGAUUCAUUGCCGUAAUAGAGCCCUGUAGGGAAUGCACUGAUUGCAUGUUAAUUGUGACAGGAAUAUCCUCAAUGUCAUUAAAAUCCUCCAACAUGAUGGAUCUACUUAUGGUCUUGUUCGUUGAUAUGACAAGUUAACAUUCUUAUAGUUACAUCUGGAAAUAAGCAUUUGAAAUAGAUAAUCCUUUAAGCCUUGUGGCUGAAAUUUUGUGGCUUUUGUUUAACUUUGAAAGGUUAUAUAUGCACUAACCUUUUUUGAUGGCUGCUUAGGCUUUAAUUACAGAAACAAAAUUUGAAAUAAAACUGUCUUUGGCAGUGAGUAAAUAGCAUAUUUUGAAGUAGAGUUGUAUACUUUUUCAUAAGGUGUUUGGGAAUUGUUUUCCCUGAAAUAAUUUAUUUCACACCUACAUCAUUGAAAGCUAUCUGCCUAUCCUGAGUCCAUCUGUAAAAGACUUAUUUCUUGUCCUAAUUUUCAAUUUUUCACUUUUAUUAAUUUGUUUUAAUAUCAAUGUUGGAAAAAGGGGGUAGUGCAUUUUAAAUUGACCAUAUGCUUUUAAAGUGAGACAAAUGUACUUGAUAAUGUACUUUUUAUUUGAUCUCAAGUUGUAUAAAACCAAUAAAUUUGUGUUACUGCAGUAGUAAUCUUAUGCCCACAGUGAUUCCAUGUUAAAUGCAAAGUAGUUUAGGCAACUGUUUUCUUAGUUACAGGAGUUUCCAGCUUCACUUUUGUGCAGUAAAAACAAAAGUAGGCUACAGUCUGUGCCAUGUUGAUGUACAGUUUCUGAAAUUGUUUUACAAGUCUUUGAUAAUAAAACCCUUAAACCUA